UCGUUGGAAACGCUCUGACCACAGAAGAGGCCCCCCUCCCACGGCCCCACUCCGCUCCACCCACUGGACAGACUCGCAAAAAUCAGGCCGCCAGAAAGAAGCGCACGGCUGAGGCCGACCGCAAUUAUCACCUGGUGCAGGGACGUUUCGUACUACCACAACUAAUCGCUACCGAAUUUUUGCGUGUGCGGCGGCGGGCCACGUGGCGGACCUCUGGACAUGCGAAUGCGACACUAGUGGCGAGUGUUGUCUGUACAAGUACGGCAAUUAGUUAGAGUGCAAUAGUGCGGGUGUGCUGGAAGCCAUGCUUCCCUUGGCGACGACUCAGUGAGUGCAGCAGCGACUGGGACACACCAUGUCCCAGUUUGGCUUCCGAACAUCGCCGAAUACUCAGAGUGCAGUAUCUUCGGGUCCUAGUCAACCUUCACCACCUCCAACCACCAUGGCAGUAACGUCCUCGGCGCCAACUCCAGGCAGUCCACCCGCGUCCUCCCAAAGAUGCUGUGAUACGGGCCGGCCGAUAUUCACCGAUCCCAUAACCGGCCAGAGUGUGUGCUCGUGUCAAUAUGAACUUCUAGGUUAUCAAAGGCUGGCCGGUGCCGGCGUUCCGGGACUUCCCGCGCUCUCCAUGUACAGCGCCCCCUACCCCGAGGGGAUGGCGGCGUACUUUCCCGCCCUUGGAGCCGACCAGGCGCCCUUCUACACUUCCACGGCAGCCGGUCUAGAACUGAAGGAAAACCUGGCAGCAGGGGCAGCAGGCUGGCCGUACCCUUCGGUUUAUCACCCCUAUGAUACCGCGUUCGCAGGAUAUCCAUUUAAUGGAUAUGGAAUGGAUCUCAACGGAGCUCGAAGGAAAAACGCAACCCGUGAGACCACCAGCACCCUCAAAGCCUGGCUUAAUGAGCAUAAGAAGAACCCCUACCCGACCAAAGGCGAAAAAAUCAUGUUAGCCAUUAUAACUAAAAUGACUCUUACCCAAGUAUCAACCUGGUUCGCUAAUGCACGAAGACGACUCAAAAAAGAGAACAAAAUGACUUGGGAACCGAGGAACAGAGUGGAAGACGACGACAAUAAUAACGAUGAUGACGAUCACGACCAUAAGAGCACUGACGGCAAAGAUUUAAUAGAUUCCAAAGAUUCUGGUACCGCUUCAAGUGAAGACGGCGACCGCCCACCGCAUCCUCGUUUGGCAGCGGAUACAGCCAGCGAAUGGAGUGAAUCAAGACCCGACAGUGGACCCGACAGUCCGGAGAUAUAUGAAAGACCACCACACCCUGCCUUUUUACCACCAAGAUCGUCAGGCUCCCCACCCCAACUCUCGGCUUCGGUGACUUCCAAACCAAGGAUUUGGUCUUUGGCUGACAUGGCCAGUAAAGAAAGUGACGGUUCACCACAAUCUGCUGCGUCUACUCUAUACUCAACAGCGGCAAGUAGGCUGGUACCCACCCUGGGGACACGUCUACCACCUCCCGGUUUACAUACAGCACCUUACGCAAGACCACAUGAUUUCUACCGGAGCUUGUACGGUCCAGCAGCAGCACAACAUUUAGCCGCUGCCAGCGGCGGUUCACCCGACGCUUCGUUGUUGGAGACGUACCAGAGAACAUUAGGGGCAAAUUUGAUGGCGGUGCAAAAUUCGGCCAGUGCCAGUCACUCGGUGCAGUCGUCCAUUAGUUCAGUGUUUACCAAAGCAGGUUUGGCGGCCGCCACAUCUAGUAGCAACGUGGUCCUGCCGCUCGGCCUUACGACCAGCUCUUCCAGAAUGUCGCCGUCCUCGACGUCCUCGUUGUCUUCUGGUUCGGAGACGCCCAUAAAACCUGUGGCGUUGAAUAAGGCUUGACCUUCCUCGGCGCUGGCCGGCUUCUGGCCUUGAUCUACCUCGUCAGGUGUACUCGACCAAUGUGGACAAUAACGGACGCCUAUAUCCGUAGUGUGCUGUACAGUAAAUGUGAUAUAUACCUUUUGGUUCCUUAGUGGUGGCGCUAGGACGUUCGCCUUAGUUCUCGAUUCUGUAAAUAUUUCAGACUGCGCACGCGCAGCAGUAUAAAUCUUGUAUCUAUGUAUGUAUCUAGUAUAGAACUGUAAGUAAAUAUUUGUUAUUACAAUGUGUAAUAUUUAGAAUAAUAUACAUGAGGAAUAUACAUACAUACGUGGAAGUUUAGCAUUCAUUGUAUUAUAAAAAUUCACCACACACGAAUAUUUUUUUCAGCAGACAUAUCAUGCAGGACGAAAGAUAAUAUAUUAUAUAUGCAUUUCCCAUUUACCCAAUCGUGUGUUG